AUGAAACGCCUGCAGAGAGAAUUACGGGAGAGGUUCUCGGAUGCGUCUGAGAUGAGCGGCACCUCCGUCCAUCAGUUGCCUUAUCUCAGCGCAUGCAUCGAGGAGACCAUGAGAAUCAUGCCGCCGUUGACAUUUGGGUUGCCUCGCGAAAGCCCUGGCGCGGAAGUUGAUGGGAACUUUGUUCCCAAAGGGACUGUCGUUUCGACCAGUGGUUGGAGUAUCACUCGCCAACCCGACUACUUUUUUGAGCCCGAAGAGUUCCAUCCUGAGAGGUGGCUUCCGGCAUCUCACGGCUACUUUGACCCAUUGUUUUGUAACGACUUAAAGGAAGCGUCGCAACCAUUCUCGCUUGGUCCCCGGGUAUGCUUGGGAAUCAACUUGGCCUACACCGAGUUGAAACUACUACUGGCGCGUCUUGCAUAUGAAUACACCUGGGAACUGGUCAAUGAUAUCAGGUUUGACUGGGAUAGAGAACGCAAGUUUCAGGCUCUAUGGGUUCUACCCGACCUGCGAGUGAGAUAUACACGCACUACUUGA